AUGGCAUACAUGGCGGGGAUAUGGGGGCCAGCGGCCGUCCGUCUCCUCCGUGUCGCUGCCGCGAGAGCGACGGAAGCCGUGCGGGCCAAUCUCGCCAACGCCGCGCGGCCGUUCUACGGCAAACCGCAAUAUAUUCCCAUCCGGUCCGGCCCUACCGGACGACAGCCCAUUCAUCCCGCCGCCUUCUUGAAACAGCAGCGACGGUGGAUCUCGCGCGUCUCGGGCCAGCACGCCCAGGCGAUUCGCCGAUUCCUCAGUACCGCAGCCAACAGUGGUGCUCGCCAGCCGUUUCGCCGCUCGCAGCUACCUACGUCGGAUACCUAUCGCCGAGUCGCCCAGUUUUCCGGACGAGCCCCGUUUGCGAAUGCCCUGCGGCCAAACUUGACGGGCGGUGCGAUGCCGCGCUCCGCCGGUGGUUAUGGCAUCGGAGGCGGUGGAGCGAGGUACUUCUCCCACACGCCUGCGGCGCCCGCUCAGGUUGUGCAGAACGUCUCACAAGCCAUGAGAGGUUUCUUCCUUUCCGGACAACGCCUCCGGUAUGACGGCCUGGGCGCCAACGGUGAGCCCCAGUACCGUGCCGUUUCGGCUCUCGAGGACCAGGCCAUGCGCAAGAUGACCAACUUCCCCCGCUUCGCCUCGGGCGCUUUCAUCGACUUCAAGCUCAGCCCUACGAUCACUGCCAUGAGCCCUCUUGCGGCCGCUCUCAUUGAGGCCUCUGAGAUCUCUGGCUUCAAGGGCGCCGCUCCCUGUGAUGGCACUUCUCUCAACACCGAAGGAUUCCUGGAUGUGCUUUCCACUGACUUUGGCCGCGCGCUCAAAGAUCUUACUGCCGUGUAUGCUGAUCUUCGUCGGUUAUCCGUGCUCGGAGAUUUGCCUAUUUCGAUGGAAAAGAGCAAUGUGCUUCGGGUUCGGUUCCCAGGUAUGGAUGUGUACACAUUGGAACGGCUCUGCGAUGAUAUUGGUAUCGAGCGGGGGGUGCUUGGCCAAGAUCCGCAGUCCGAAAAUAUGCACCUGACGCUUCAAAUUCCAUUUGCACCCGAGUCGGCAAAGACGUUUACAUCGCCUGGUGGCUCCACCAGGUCUGUCUGGGGACACGGCUCGGAAUAUGAUGCUCUUAGCGAUGACUCGUUGAUUCAAGAGGCAUUUGAGCUUGAUGGAAAUCCGUGGUUGUCAGACCCGGAAGAGUAUGAAAGCCUUUCGCCGGCUAGUGGCUCGGCGGAGCACCAUUCUCAAGCUCGGGAAUUUGAGGGCCUUGAAGGCAUACACAGGUUCUUGGAGGAAUGCGAGCGGGCCAAGGGUCGGGUCAGCUAG